AUGCAUACACACAAUGGAUGCAUGCAUGCUAGCUGAUCACACUUGGCGUUGCUAUAUAAGCACUCGCACCUCCUCCAUCGUCCCGGCAACAUCAUCACCACACGCCAAAUUUACAGCUAGUUAGCUGAAUUCGAUCGAUAUCCAGGAACUAAUAAUCCACCGACCCCCCUCAUGGCGGCUUCGUCGCGAAUGGGCUUAUCCGUCUACCUCGCCAUCAUGGCGGCGGUGCUCGCCUCGGCGCUCGGAGCGGAGCUCACCGCGGACUACUAUAGCGAGACGUGCCCGCAAGCGCUGACCACCAUCAAGCUCCUCGUCGGCGCCGCCAUCCUGAGGGAGCCCAGGAUGGGGGCGUCGCUGGUCCGCCUCCACUUCCACGAUUGCUUCGUCAAUGGCUGCGACGGCUCCAUCCUGCUGGACGACACCGACGACAUGGUCGGCGAGAAGACGGCGAAGCCUAACAACAACUCCGUGAGAGGCUACGAUGUCAUAGACACCAUCAAGUCGGCGGUGAACACGAUAUGCUUGGGCAACGUCGUCUCCUGCGCCGAUAUCUUGGCCGUGGCCGCUCGCGAUUCCAUUGUCGCUCUGGGAGGAACCUCGUACGACGUGCUCCUGGGGCGGCGCGACGCGACGACGGCAAGCAUGGACGACGCGAACAACGACAUCCCGACGCCGUUCAUGGACCUGCCGGCGCUGCAGGACAGCUUCGAGUCCCACGGCCUGUCCCUGCACGACCUGGUGGUGCUCUCCGGCGGCCACACGCUGGGCUACUCCCGCUGCCUCUUCUUCCGCGGCCGCCUGUACAACGAGACCGGCACGCUGGACCCGGCGUACGCCGGGUCGCUGGACGAGCGCUGCCCGCUGACGGGCGACGACGACGCGCUGUCGGCGCUGGACGACACCCCCACCACCGUCGACGCGGACUACUACCAGGGCCUCAUGCAGGGCCGCGCGCUGCUGCACUCGGACCAGCAGCUUUACCAGGCAGGCGGCGCCGCUGGCGAUCUGGUGGAGUACUACGCCGAGAACCCGACCAAGUUCUGGGAGGACUUCGGCGCGGCCAUGCUCAAGCUGGGCAGCCUGAGCCCGCUCACCGCCGACGAAGGGGAGGUCAGGGAGAACUGCCGGGUCGUCAACCAGGUGUGAGUGUGACUUCGCCGCCAUCGCCGUCGAAUGAACGAGGCAUCAGCUUCGUUCCGUACGCACACUGUGGCUGCUAGCUGCACCGGCAAGCUAUGCAGCAAGAUUCUGUAGCGUGUGUCUUAUAUUUGUAUUCGCGUGCCUACUUAAUUUUGUGAGAAAUUGGUCUUAUAUGUUUGGUUAACAUAUUUUUGAUCGAAA